AUGGCCCGGGACUACGACCACCUCUUCAAGCUGCUCAUCAUCGGCGACAGCGGUGUGGGAAAGAGCAGUUUACUCUUACGUUUUGCCGACAACACUUUCUCAGGCAGCUACAUCACCACGAUCGGAGUGGAUUUCAAGAUUCGGACCGUGGAGAUCAAUGGGGAGAAAGUGAAGCUGCAGAUCUGGGACACCGCUGGGCAGGAGCGCUUCCGCACCAUCACCUCCACGUAUUAUCGGGGGACCCACGGGGUCAUCGUGGUUUAUGACGUCACCAGCGCCGAGUCCUUCGUCAACGUCAAACGGUGGCUUCACGAAAUUAACCAGAACUGUGACGAUGUGUGCCGAAUACUAGUGGGGAAUAAGAAUGAUGACCCUGAGCGGAAGGUGGUGGAAACAGAAGAUGCCUACAAAUUCGCCGGGCAGAUGGGGAUCCAGUUGUUUGAGACCAGUGCCAAGGAGAAUGUCAAUGUGGAAGAGAUGUUCAACUGCAUCACAGAGCUGGUCCUCCGAGCAAAGAAAGACAACUUAGCGAAACAGCAGCAGCAGCAACAGAACGACGUGGUGAAGCUCACGAGGAACAGUAAACGGAAGAAACGCUGCUGCUGA